GGUAGCAUCGUUUCGGUGUCAUCCGUUAUCGGUCGACGAAACCGCGAUAGUCAAGGAAGAAUUCUCGUUUCUUCGGUGACUGUCUUCCGAGUCAACCGAAACGCACGUUGUCGCACCACGAUGUGGAAUAACGCGACUUCCGGCUUCUCGGUUUACCUCUUCGUCCUUUUGCUAACGGUUCUGGCUUCCGGGAGCGACAAGGCAGAGGCGAAACGAUCAGGAGGAUCGCGAACAGGUGGCUGCUCGAUAUUCGGACAUUCAUGCUUCGGAGGUCACGGGAAGAGGUUCGAUCCGCUUGCACGGCGCAUGCUGGAGGCGAGCAAUAAUCUGCCGAGCCGACAUCCCCAAGAGUCCGAAAUAUCAUCGCCAAACGAUGACGAGGACGACGACGACUUACUCUUCGUUCUUCCGAACGACAAGUUGCGGGAACGUUCAGAGCGAUCUUUCAUUCCGUCUCGUCGGGACACUCGACCGUUCAAUUCCUACCGAUUGUCCUCUCUUGUUGAUCAAUGGUUAUCGACGCAUCGUCGCCCGCAUCGCACGGAUCUGGAGGUAACUAAUAAAUAAAGGGAGUGCAUAUAAGGCGAGUUGUCUAUAUAUGUGUGUCAAGACGAAGCGACUUCCAUAUAAUUAUUCGAAAGGAAAAUUAACAACUUGCGUUAUUCGUUUAGCUGUUAUGCCGAAUCUAUAAACAAUGACGCUGUUGCGUAUCUUUUCCGUGCUGUUGCGACAAUCACGUUUCUCGCGAGCGUUAUAAAUCUAUAUACAUCUAAGACGAGAUAAAAAGCGGAAAUGAUUGAUAGAAAGGACAUAAUUGAAAGAAAAUUGAAUAGAACUUACAUAGUUAUGCAAUUGGACGAAUCACCGUUGAUACGAUCAGAUAAUAUAUAAUUAUUUAACGCAGUAAAAGGAAAGUCGAGACAUUUCAAUUGUGUGCGUUAUUUAGUAGUAGUGUAAUAUAUGUACGAUAAUAUGUUUGUGCGACUGAUAAUAAUUAUUUUGCAUAAAAUAUUUUACACUUUGGUACUAUUCGGUACUUUCGCGCGGAAAAACUUGCGCGGAUCUCAGUAAAAUAUCGCCUGAUUAUUAAUUAAUUAUCUAUGUAUUCAGUGCUGUGAUACUUUUAUUACAAGCUUGUUAAGUUCCUCGAGAUAAUAUUUAAUUUAUGUUUAAUUAAACACAUACGUAUAUAUUGUUUGGUACAUUUACUUUUAUGAUUUAUUAAAUGUGUAUAUUUAAUAAAACGCUAAGUUUUAUUUAUAAGGAUGGUGUUGGAUCAGAAGCGACUGUUCUUCACUCAGAACUGUCGAUUUGUCACUGACUUGUUUUCGGCAAGGCUGAGAAAGCAGUCGCGGGGCUAUUACAUUGAUGUCUGUACUUUAUCAGGUUAUAAUUUGAAUAUUAUACGCGCCUUAUAAUUCGCGUCUGCGUAAACACCGCGUCUGCGUAAACACCGUUUCCGCUCAUUUGAUCACUAUCAUUAUCACGAACCCCGUUCGAUCGGAUAAAACUCUCACGAAAUUACAUCCCCUGGUUUCCGACGAUACUAUGUUCUCGGCGGAUAAUCGCAUGUUCGCGAUGCGAAUUGUGUCGGUAACAUUCGUCGUCGUAUCGUGAGACAGCAAGUUAUCCUCGGUUUUGCUCCUAGAAAAUCGAUAGCGCAUUGUAACCGGGUGAAAUAAUGAACUACGAAAAUUUGUUGCAUGUAAACAUCUUGUCGCACACAGUUGAUGAUUAUAACUUAUUUUCGCGAAAUAAAUAUCCUCGCAUCAGAAA